AUGGCGCAGGGUUGGGCUGGGGCGACUUCUGGGGAACGUAGCCGGGGUCGAACCCCUAGAGCUGCGGAGGCCUCUGCGGUCGCCUCGCGGCUCGCCCUCCGCACCUCCCCCGGCCCCGGCGGCGUUGGGCUCCCCGCCGGGACUGAUGUCGCGCGCUUGCGUGCUGCGGCCAAAGCUUCCGACCCAGAGGCCGGCCCCAGAAAGCCCCGAGCGAGUAGGGGGUGGCGCGCAGGAAGGGAGGAGGGCCGGGGGCGUGGGGGGGUGUGGGUAUUCGGGGGUGGAGAUGUAGAAGAUGUGACGUCGCGGCCCGGCCGGUGCCAGACCAGCGGAUGCGGUGCCCGCGGUUGCUGCCGGAUCCCGGGCGCUGCAGCUAGGGCAGGCGGCCCUCCCGAGCGGCGGCCGCGGAGACACCCGGCCCUAAACCCCAGCUCCCGAGCCCCACGGCGCACCGCGCACUCGGACAGCCGGAGAGGGGAGCGGCCGAGCGGUUCCAUACCUUUUAGAAUUGAGAACAGCUCAUUGGAAUUAUUUUGGACUCUGCUGCUGAAGCCAAGAGCACUGCUGCUGGUUGAGCAGAACAGGCAGUGUAGUGUCAUAAAUAUUUCAUAUGAAAAUAUAAAAGUAACUAUGAAUUCUUCCUUUAUUUUUCAGAAAUGUGUUACCGACGAGUGUUUCUUUUUUGAACGAUUGGAAUCUAAUAACUACAAUACUUACCGGUCAAGGAAAUACUCCAGUUGGUAUGUGGCACUGAAACGAACUGGGCAGUAUAAACUUGGACCCAAAACAGGACCUGGGCAGAAAGCUAUACUUUUUCUUCCUAUGUCUGCUAAGAGCUGAUCUUAACGGCAGCAUCUGAUCUCAUUUCACAUGAAAGACGACGUAUAUUUUUGAAAUUUGUUAAUGAAAGAAAAGAAAAAAAUGUGUACAGCUAUCUGCUCAGUUGGGAUGAAUGGUCAGAUAACCUUUUUUCUAAUAGUAAAUAUUUAACCAUUGCCUUACUAAAGAAAAGCAACAAAAAUUCCUGGAAAAUGUAUAGACUUCCACCUUUUGUAUUGCAUUUGCCUUUAUCCAGUGAAGCUUACAUACAGCUACAAUCUUUUUCAUACAUUUGCUUCAUUUGAAAAGAGGCUUAUAAACUUGCAAGUUUUCAUCAAACAAGUUUUCAUGAAAAUUAUACACACUAGAAAAUUAAAGUCAGAUAUUUAGUUAACACCAAAUGUCCACUACUUUUUAUAAUAUGGCACACAUUAUUCUGCAUGUACAAUUUACUUAAAAUUUUUUAAAACAUGCAAAUAAGGAUUUAAUCCAUUCCUGUCUUAGUUCUGUAAUUGUCUGGCAGUUCCUUGUGAUAGAGUUUAUAGAACAAGCCUGUGUAAAUUGCCGGAAGUUCUUCCACGGUGAAAUCAAU